CGCCCCGCGACCCACACAGCCGGCGGGCUACUUAAGGCUGUCGCUGUCUGCGCCACUCCUCUCUGCCCGACACCACACCACCACCCACCACUCUCUCCCUCACCAUGCCGAGCGCACCCUCCAACGGUGCCUCCAGCAGCAGCGCCGGCCUCGCCAGCAUGGCACCCGUCAAGGCCGCGCUGCUCAGCGUGCCCGGCACCGGCACACACACGCCGCGCGCCGCCACGCCCGACCACAUCCUCAAGAACACGACGGGCUACACCGACACCGUCUUUGAGGGCAAGACGGAGCAGGCGGCCGCCGUGCAGACGCUGCUCAAGGGCAAGGGCUUCAUCCCGCCGGACCUCGUCGACGCCGAGGUGCAGUGGUUCUACCUCAACCUGGGCAUCGAUGACACCUACUUUGCGCUCGAGUCCGUCGAGACGAUCGCCGACCACAUCAUGGCGCUCUUUGGCGCCAAGAUCCUGGCGUACACGAAGCACUCGAGCAGCCUCGACAUCGACCUCGAGCACACGACGGACAACGGCGCCGUCUUUAUUCACUCGAGCAAGGCCGGCGAGAGCCAGACGGGCGGGCCGCAGUGGGAGCGCCGCAUGGACGAGAACUACCUCGACAAGUCGUCCGUCAGCAAGGCGUACCGCCUCGAGACGUACCGCAGCGCCGGCAGCGUGUCCGCUCUCUCCAAGCAGCAGCUGCGCUGCUACUUCCUGGCCAAGUGCAACUUCGUGCAGCCGAUUCCCGAGGCGGGCACGCCCGAGUACUCGGACGUGACGCGCGUCGGCGACAAGACGUUCCUCUCCAAGGCCAGCUCGAACACGCUCGAGAUCUACCAGGCCGUCAUGGACGAGGUGCUGCGCCGCCACGGCCCCGUCAUUGAGAUGUACGAGGUCGAGGGCAGCCGCGAGCGCCGCGUCGUCAUCGGCUACCGCAUGGGCACGACGCGCAGCUACUUCAGCGCGCUCUCAGACCUCUACCACUUCUACGGCCUCUUCUCGUCGCGCAAGUACGUCGAGCAGUUCAGCAACGGCGUCACCGUCAUUACGCUGUACCUCAACCCGAUGCCCGCGUCCAAGAGCCCGCCGAUUGAGCUCUCGAUCCACCAGAUCAUCAAGGAGGCGUCGCUCAUCUUUGUGCUGCCCGACAACCCCUUCUUCCAGCCCGGCGCGGGAGACCACGCCGUGCAAGAAGCCGCGUACGCCUACUGCGGCUGGCUCUUUGCGCAGCACUUCUGCAACCGCCUCGGCCAGGCCUACCAGGCGCUGCGGAAUGUGCUCGACGAGGCAGACCCGGCGCACGCGUCGAUCCUGAACGACAUCAAGCUGCGCUUCCGCGAGGAGACGUUCACGCGGCAAUCGAUCCAGGAGGUGAUGCUCGCGCACCCCGACCUCGUGCGCCUGCUCUACGUGCACUUUGCCAACACGCACUACCCCGGCGGCGCCGACGACCACGAGCUCGUGCCGACGCUCAGCUACCAGCGCCUCGUCAAGGAGGAGGUGCUCGACGACGAGGCCAUGUGGGCGCGCAUCCGCAAGGCGGCCGCCAACCCGCACGAGCUGCAGGUGCUGCAGGCGCUGCUGUUCUUCAACAAGGCUGUGCUCAAGACCAACUUCUACACGCCGACCAAGGUCGCGCUCAGCUUCCGCCUCGACCCGGGCUUCCUGCCCGAGGCUGAGUACCCGAUCAAGCCGUACGGCAUCUUCUUCGUCGUCGGCGCCGAGUUCCGCGGCUUCCAUGUGCGCUUCAGCGACGUGGCGCGCGGCGGCAUCCGCAUCGUGCGCAGCCGCAACCGCGAGAACUACUCGAUCAACCAGCGCACGCUCUUCGACGAGAACUACGCGCUGGCGAGCACGCAGCACCUGAAGAACAAGGACAUUCCCGAGGGCGGCAGCAAGGGCACGAUCCUGCCGACGCUCGACGCCGACCCGCUGCUGGCGUUUGAGAAGUACAUCGACGCGCUGCUCGACCUGCUGCUCGUCGGUCAGACGCCGGGCGUCAAGGAGGAGCUCGUCGACCGCCUGGGCCGCGAGGAGAUCCUCUUCCUCGGCCCCGACGAGGGCACGGCGGGCUACAUGGACUGGUGCGCCAACCACGCACGCGAGCGCGGCGCGCCCUGGUGGAAGUCGUUCACGACGGGCAAGACGGCGGCGACGCUCGGCGGCGUGCCGCACGACACGUACGGCAUGACGAGUCUCUCGGUGCGGCAGUACGAGGUGGGCAUCCUGCGCAAGCUCGGCCUCAAGGAGGAGCACGUCACCAAGGUGCAGACGGGCGGCCCCGACGGCGACCUGGGCAGCAACGAGAUUCUGCUCUCGAGUGCCGCGUGCGUGACGAUCAUCGACGGCGCGGGCGUGGUGCACGACCCCAAGGGCAUCAACCGCGCCGAGCUCGUCCGCCUCGCCAAGGCGCGCCAGAUGAUCUCGCACUUUGACGUGUCGAAGCUGUCGCCGCAGGGCUACCGCAUCCUCGUCGAGGAGAACGACGUGCGCCUGCCGUCGGGCGAGGUCAUCACCGACGGCAUGUCGUUCCGCAACAGCGCGCACCUGCGCUUCAAGGCCGACAUGCUCGUGCCGUGCGGCGGGCGCCCCGAGUCGAUCAACAUCUCCAACGUCAAGGGCCUCUUCGACGCCGACGGCAAGCCGCUGUUCAAGUACGUCGUCGAGGGCGCCAACCUGUUCAUCACGCGCCAGGCGCGCCUCGAGCUCGAGCGCCGCGGCGUCAUCCUCUACCCCGACGCGAGCGCCAACAAGGGCGGCGUGACGAGCAGCUCGCUCGAGGUGCUGGCGGGCCUCUCGCUCUCCGACGACGAGUACCGGCAGUGCAUGAUGUUCACCGACGGCAAGCCGAGCGACUUCUACCGCAGCUACGUCGCCGACAUUCAGCGCGUCGUCAUCGACAAUGCCGAGAAGGAGUUCGAGGCCAUCUGGCGCGAGAGCGAGAAGACGGGCAAGCCGCGCAGCACGCUCUCCUCGGAGCUCUCGGCGGCCAUCAACGCCCUCUCCGAGGAGCUGGCGGCGACGGACCUGUACGACAAUGCGCGCAUCCGCGCCGCCGUGCUCUCGCGCGUCUUCCCGCGCACGCUGCUCGAGAAGGUCGGCCUCGACGAGCUGUGCCGCCGCGUGCCCGAGCCGUACCUCAAGGCCGCGUUUGCCGCGUCGACGGCGGCCGACUUCGUCUACAAGUACGGCCCCACCGCCACGGCCGUCUCGUUCUACAAGCACAUCAGCGGCCUCACGGAGGGCUCGCGCUAGACGUUCCCACGCGGCCCGCGCCGGGGCUGGCCGCACAUGUUGACUCCACGGUGUCUGUCGACGCCCUGCUACCUACCCUAUCUACUAGAGACGUGUCACGAGAAGCGAAAAUUGAAUGGC